GGACCACAAAAAACACCCCCGCUAAGGACCGCAGUAGUGACGCAGCUGGUGUCGCCCAAGCCUUCACCCACCACCCAGCCCAGCCAGGGUCUGCGCAGAAGCAUACAUAGUUGCAACGCCACACAAAUGUGCUUGAUAGAUAACGCUAUGCAAUUGUCGCCUUGA